AUGAACCGAGUAAAAGCAAGUACAUAUAAGAAUAUAUCAAUCGGCGAUAUAUGUGGUGUUGAUAAGGGUGUCAAUAGAAUUUGUGUUGAUUCCCACACCGUAUGCUCUGAAGUGUCAAAUGGAGCGAGAAAAUGUCUGUGUGAUAGAAAUUAUGGUAAAAUAGGGGGACAGUGCGAGAGAGUACCAAACACAUUAUUUAUGAAAAGUUUUGUUAAUGAAACAAUUUCACCGGGUGACAACAUAACAAUAGACUAUAACAUAACAACACCAAUGAAUAACCUGACAGCAAUUCAGAUUGUUACCAUACCCGAUAUGACAGGUAACGUUGAGUAUAUUUACUCCGUACAGGGAAUCAGUGUGAUGAUUUAUAACACUGGAAAUCUAAAGCUAGAGACUUUUAUGAUCCGAUUGAGGGCCGAAUACGGUGGUGUUAAAGUUCAAGAUUCGACACUGAUACAUUUACAUACCAUAGAACCAGACAUAGAAGAUUAUAAUGUAAUUUUGGGCGAUAAAUGUGGUUUGGAUGAAGGUUUUAAUAAAAUUUGUGUUAAUUCUAACGCAGUAUGUUCUCAAGGCCUAGACGGAAUUAUGAGUUGUGUGUGUGAUAGAAAUUAUACUAACAUAGAUGGACAGUGUGAGAAUGUACCAAACAAAUUAUUCAUGAAAGAUUUUGUUAAUGAAACUAUUACACAGGGUGAAAACAUAACGAUAGAUUAUGAAUUAACAGUUCCAACAAUAACCUUGAAUAAUAUUCAGAUUGACACCAUACCCAAUAUAUCAAACUUCAAAUAUGAUAGUUCCAAUGGUGAACUUAAAGUGUGGAUUUUUAACACUCAAAAUCUAUCAUUAGAGAAUUUUAUGAUUCGAAUGAGGGCUGUAUACGGUGAUGUUGAAGUUCAAGAUUCGACACUGAAUUUUAUGAUUCGAAUGAGGGCUGUAUACGGUGAUGUUGAAGUUCAAGAUUCGACACUGGUAUAUAUACAUAUUAUGGAACCAGAUAUUGAAGAUUCUAGUAAUUAUAGUAACACUUAUCAAUUUUUCAAACGUCACCGUUGGCCCAUUCCGUCAGUCCGUCAACAUUUCUUUUGA